UGUAUUUGCAAACAAAACAAGUAAAAAGCCCUGAAGCAGUUUCCCCAAAAUCCAAAUUCAGUUGGCCAAAUAGAGUUAGUAGCUUCGUUUUGAGAAAAAAUGGCGGCCACAGAAGAGGAAAGCGCAGUGAAGGAGCCUCUCGAUCUCAUUCGUCUCAGUCUUGAUGAACGUAUUUACGUCAAGCUUCGUUCUGAUCGUGAACUCCGUGGCAAACUCCAUGCUUACGAUCAGCAUCUGAAUAUGAUUCUUGGAGAUGUUGAAGAAAUUGUGACUACCGUAGAAAUUGAUGAUGAGACCUAUGAGGAAAUUGUUCGGACUACAAGGAGGACUGUUCCAUUUCUCUUUGUUAGAGGAGAUGGAGUAAUACUGGUGUCACCUCCUCUGAGGACAGCUUGAAGUAGGAUAUCGCAAUAUUGGAUCGUGACUUAGGGAGCAAGCACUUAUUGUUGCAUCUAUUGUGAUUUUUGCACACAGGUUAAAGACAGUUUUUAAAAUGUAGACUAGCUUGGACAGAAAUGCUUUGUCAUAAUUUUGUGGAUGAAUGUAACUCAUUUCCUUCUGUUCAAAUGGGAUGUAGCUUUUUGACGUGCUUACAAAUUUCUUUGCAACUUGAUGUUGAUCAGUUUUUUUCUUGGAUCAGAAUGAACUGAGCAACUGAGUAAUUCUCUGGCAUUGAUAAUUCCUGGAGCAAAACCAGUCAUGUUGAAGUCUUGACUGGUAUUUUGUAGACUUGCCUUGAUCCUUUGGUUUAGUCCGUGCAAACUGAUAUCUAUUUUUACAUUUCACAUCCCGAGUUGAUUGGAAAUGUCAGCUUGUACAAGUGACAUCAUUUGAUUUAUUAUUUAACAUGAACGGAUAAAAAGGAUAGUUAUUUGCUUGA